AUGGCGGCAGGACUACCACCACCUGAUGAGCUGAUGGAAGGGGAUAUCGUCUACCUGACCCCAAAGACGAUCCCAAAGUCCUCCAUCAUUAGGAGUCACGUAAACCAGAGCGGCUUUGAAGAUCACCCUAUAGUCGUCCUGGGUAAGGAGAGACGAAAGGGCACCAUGAUCGUCAGUUUCCGGCUGCUUACCACCUUCAACGGCCACACAGUUGAGGAGAAGAGACAAGGCGAUCGAAGACAUCAAAGAAAGUUCUUUAUGAUGGUUGAUAACCAUCAAGAUAGGGUUAACUCCACUAUCAACCCGGUAGCCAAAAUGGCUCCAGGUUUCGAUGCGUUGAAGAAACGGAGCUACGUCAACCUCUCUCGUAAUUCUCGGUUCGAAGUAGAAUACGAGUAUCUCGAGGCCUUUGGAAAGGAUCCACUGCGGAGGCUUGACGCCAAAUCAGUCUCAUAUAUCAAGAGCGCACGCUUCGACACCUAA